AUGGAGGGGCAAAGUGAACUUGUGGAACGGGUUGUGCGGAUGCAGCUGACAAGCCCUGACUUUGCGGAGUACUGCGUGGCACACGUGACGGAUCCAAAACAUCGUUUUCUUUUCUCACGGAACGAAGACGAGGCGGAGAGGCGGCUGUACGUGAGGCUGCUGGAGGGGCGAGGCCACCAGAAGAGGGCAGAAACACCAGCAGUCGUGGCGCCGGCAUUUGCCCCAGAACGAACUUCUUCUUUAAUGACGCACGGCGGCACGGCGGUGUUGUGGAUGUCGUUGCUGGAUUACUUUUCCUCGACGCCUGGUGUACGUGGACCGCACAUGCCGCACAUGUUUCGUACGGAGGCGGAUCUUACUGCCUUUGUUGACAUGUUGGACGGCGCCCAACGAGAGCAUGUCUCUCUUGAGGAUGUCGUACAGUUUAUGCUGCGUCGCCUCCCUAUGACGGAGGUGUUCUUGUAUGUACUCUGUUACAUGUGUGAUGUACGUAUACACGAGGUGCGGAGGGAGACGCGACGUCGUAGUAGUGGUGCCUGCGUCACAGAUUCUGCGGACGGGGCUUCAGACGAAAAGAAAUUACAGGCAGCAGGGACGUUAUUAUUUAUUGCCAACAUGUUAUUACUGCAGCACGACGCUUUGGAGAGGCCUUUGCGAUAUCUAUCUGUAUUUGAAUUUUACAUGCAGCGGAUGGUAGAAGCACUUGCAGGGACGGUGCCGAAGAAUUCCCCGGUCGACACAUUUCUACGUGAGACGGUGAUGGUCUGGUCGGAGGGUCAUGUCUUUGGCGAGGAGGCGCUUGACUGCAUGAAGCGGGCCAUUGGAUGCUCUUUGGGAUAA